UGCACGUGACCGUAGGUAAAGGGUCCAGCGACAAUGCUCCCCAUUGCGUGGAAGUCAGUCACCGACCCUACACGCCCUCUACCUCCUUGCAAACAGCAGUUGACAUCCCAUACGAUCGACCUCAUUCCCGUUUGUCGCUGCCUGACCUACCAGCCGCCCACUCCGAACCACUCCAUCCCUCCUCCUCUCUGCCUCAAUCCUCACAACUCCACCUCCCGCUACAAUGGCUCUUCCCACUACCCUCAACGAUCGCGCAGAUCGGCUCGAGUUGCAGCUCUAUGAGCUCAACGGUAACAUAGAGGACAUGAUAGUUGCUGGGCUUAGAGAGUUCGCCGUCACCGAGGAGCAGCUGGAGAAGCAUAUAUCAUACCUCGAGCUCAAAGUGCAGCUCUUCCCUCUCUACAACGCCUUCAGGUAUGCCGUAAAGCAUCAUCCCCGGGUACAAGUCGGCAGCUACGAGGUAACCACGGGAGCCGACUGCCACGACCAUUACCGCAACAUUGAGGUAUAUGUCCUCCAAGAGCGGCUCCCACUUCAGUUUACACCAUGGGAGGAUGGCGGGUUUCCCCUCCUCGACCAGCUGCCCGACCAUGUCACGAAGGCGGCCAGCAUGUGGUGCAUGUGCAUCACAUCUCAAGCAGUCCUGCUUCCCGCCCUCGACCGCGCCUUCGCCGCCGCAGGGACGGGAAGGACGGUAAAGAUGAUGGAUCUCGACCCACGCUUGAACGUGGGCUUCAUGUGGGCCAAUCGAGAGAUGGACCACCUCUACAUCCACAGCGUCCUCCUCAUCACCGACAAGGACGGCAACCACUUCGUCUUCGACCCGACGCAGCUGCAGCUGGGGUGGAACCAGGAAGACGAGUGGCUCUUGCCGUUCAAGAACUACAGGGCGAAGUAUAUUGCGGGGAGACAUACGAUCCGCACGGAGACGCAUCUGCGAGAAUGGCAAGAGCGGAUGCGAUCCCGGGGCGAAGGCCCUGAUACCACAUUCUGGCAGGGCAUCAAGUCGAUCAUAUACGACUAUGCGGGGCUGAAUCUGCAAAAACAGAGAGAAGCCAAGGAACAACUCUUCAAGGAGAUUGAGGAGACGAAGUUUCGGGCAUUGAGUUGCCACAAGGCCCCGGAACAGGUAGAGGAGGAGGAGGAUUCGAAGGGUUGAGCGAAUGUAUGACUGGAGGGAGGGGAGGGUAGAACGGAGAUGUCGA